GCUGAUCAAAAACCAUUCUCGUAUAUCGAUAGCCAAUAAAUCUACUCUUAAUUCCCUAGUUUAACUCGAUUUCUAACUUCGCUCCCUUGAUCUACAAUAAUUCGUUCAUCAUCAUCAUUCCAUUUGAAACGAAUCAAUCGUCACUGCUUAACCAAUAACUCAAAACGAUAAAUAGAUUAAUCACAAGUGACACAAUGGAACAUUAAACAGCGACACGUAACCAACCAGAAGAAACAGAAUUCAUAAACAAACGAGAUUAUUCGAAAGCAGUUUCAAUUUGAAAGGAAGAAACAUUACCAGCUGUCGGAUUGAAGAAUCGAGAAAUCGAGCGUGAAGUUAAGAUCAUCCUUUCAAGAAGAAGGUUCUCGUUUAAGUAUCAUACGAUGAUCGUGCAACGACCUUAAAAGUAAAGAUCUUAUAUACGUGCCAACGGAAUCAGCCGGCGAGGCUUCAAUUUAUCUUAAAACGUUCGCAUAUUCUCUCAACUUUAUUGCGUUUGAAAUUGAAACAAUCCUGAAGAUCGUAGACGACGAGGAACCAUGAAAGUCGAAAAAAUUUCCGUUAUUUUCUUGGUAUUUGGAUUAUCUCUGAUAUUGGUCGCUAACGUAGAGGCAGAAUGGAAAUUCUGGAACAAGGAUAAGGGUAAAGAAGAAAUAACAAUGGCUACAAUUUUUGUACCAAGUAUUCUCAAAGAAAGUGAUCCUACAUUAGUGACUGGAGUCAAUUUGACUAUGAUAAAUAAUAUCCGUUCAAAUAAAUCAAGUACAGGAGCAGAAAUGACUUUUGAUAUCUCAAAACUGGAAAAAAUAAAUGAUAAUACUCCUGAAGGAUGUAAAACAUGGUUUGCCACUUUAGGAAUUUCUGCAGAAGAAUUUCUCGAAUAUAUCAAAUCCUUAAAAAUUUCUGUUCAAAAAUCAAUAACUAACAGAGAUUUCAAAUCAAAUUCUAUGUCUGCAACAACACAAACAUCAGGUAUCAAAACAAUUUCGACGAUAGGAAACAUAUUCUCACAACAAUCUCAAUCUCAAUCUCAGUCUCAAUCUCAGUCUCAAUCUCAAUCUCAGUCUCAAUCUCAAACUUCAAAAACCUCAGCUUCAACCUCAUCCUCAUCCUCAACCUCAACCUCAUCCUCAACCUCAUCCUCAUCCUCAACCUCAACCUCAUCCUCAUCCUCAACCUCAUCCUCAACCUCAUCCUCAACCUCAUCCUCAACCUCAUCCUCAACCUNUCCUCAUCCUCAACCUCAUCCUCAACCUCAUCCUCAUCCUCAACCUCGUCCUCAAUCUCAUCCUCAUCCUCAUCCUCAUCCUCAUCCUCAACCUCAUCCUCAACCUCAUCCACAACCUCAUCCUCAUCCUCAAUCUCAUCCUCAAUCUCAUCCUCAUCCUCAUCCUCAUCCUCAUCCUCAACCUCAUCCCCAACCUCAUCCUCAUCCUCAACCUCAUCCUCAUCCUCAACCUCAUUCUCAAUCUCAUCUUCAACCUCAACCUCAACCUCACUUUCAAUUCCCUCUUUCACCUUUCUCUCCACCCCAUCCUCAACCUCACUUUCAAUUCCCUCUUCUACCUUUCUCUCAACCCUAUCCUCAACCUCGUUCUCAAUCUCAACCUCAUUUUCAAUUCCCUCUUCUACCUCACUCUCAAUCCCAUCCUCAACCUCAUUCUCAAUCCCAUCCUCAACCUCGUUCUCAACUUCACCCUCAACCUCACCCUCAACCUCACCCUCAAUCUCACCCUCAAUCUCACCCUCACCCUCACCCUCAAUCUCACCCUCACCCUCACCCUCACCCUCAACCUCACCCUCGACCUCACUCUCAACCUCAUCCUCAACCUCAACCUCAUCCUCAUCCUCAACCUCAUUCUCAUCCUCAACCUCAUCCUCAUCCUCAAUCUCAACCUCAACCUCAACCUCAACCUCAAUCUCAACCUCAUCUUCAAAAAUCUGAACUUCAAUCUCACUUACAAAAUCAAGAACUUCAAUCUGAAUUUCACUCUCAAUCUCACGCACAAACACUUGAAAUAUCAAAAUCCUUUCAAUCAUCCAGUACAUCACCAAAAAAGUUUGAUAUUCCUCAUGUUGAUACUUCUGAUACUACUAUAAUAAAAUUGGACAAAUUAAAGCCAGAUCAACCGUCAAAAUCUGGACCAUUAACAGGAGCAACUGAGAAUAUCUAUUCUAGUAAUCCUACUUACAGCAAAGGCCGCACCAUUACUAAAGAAGAUUUAGAAAAGCUUUCUGAGGCUCUAUUUAUGAAAGAUACUAAUAACGUGAAUAGAUAUAUCAAAUUGAAUUUACAAAAAAAGACGAACAGUAAUGAUACAACAGACGAAGCAUCACAACCAUUAUUCACGGUAAAUCCACAAGCAUAUAAAGGACCCACAAUUCAAAAAGUCAUAUCAAUGUAUGAGAAAUACAAUACCCAAGGUAAUGUAAGCAGGAAUAUAAGUCUACAGCACCGACACGAAGAGAAUGCUUUAAUAGAUACUUUUCUCAACACGAAUGUGAUGUCCGCCGCCAUGAGAUUCUUGGCGAAUAAAGAUCAUAUAUGCAAUGAUUAUUACGAGUACAAAGAUAUGUUACGAAAAUUAUGGUUUAACUUAUACUCUCAAGAAGGAGAAAAGAUUAGUAGCUCGGCUUUUGAACAUGUUUUCAUGUCCGAAGUUAAGAAGUUAAAAACUGAAACUAAUGUGGUUGGAUUGCAUAAUUGGAUUUUCUACAGUAAAGAAGAAAGCAAAGGAAACAUAAAUUACAAUGGAUAUACAAAAAAAGUUGACCUCGGAGAUAAAGCUUCUAUUAUUGAAGUACGAUCACAAUAUGGAUAUAUUAAACCGGUAACGACAUUAUUCGUGGGUACCUCACCCGAACUGGAAAUGGCAUUGUACACAGUGUGUUUUUAUGCAAGGCCUGACGGAAAUUGUCCAAUGUCUCUUGGAGGAACAAAGUUCGAUAUCGUCACUUCUAAAUUUAAGUAUAAAGAAAGUGACAUGAUAGAAACAGCCUAUCCAAAAAUAUAAAUUUAUUAAGAUAAACUUAUUUAUAUUUUCAAGAAAACAAAGAUAAUUUUCUAGUAUAUUUGAUUACGAUUAUAAAAAUUAUAUUAA